GUGCCGCGCUCCCUGCCCGGGCUGCGUCCCUCCACGCGUCAGCAGGGCGGUGCUCCCUGGCGCGUCUCCUCCCGCUGCGCGCACUGAUGGGCCCAGGCGGAACGUCCUCCGCGUCGGGGCGGGUCUGGGGUUCCGGGUGGCUUUGGCUGGGGACCCGGGCCCGGCCUCGGGAGUCGCGCCGCGGAGUGAGGGUGGAACCCUCUGGGCCGGCGCACGUGCUAUGGAAGCGCGGCUCCUUCAGCGCCCGGACUGCCGCGCUCCUGAAAGGCGCGUGUCUCCUGUCGUCCGGCUUCGUCUCGGCGGAGCGGGAGGGGGACGGUGCGUCUGCCCCCGAGGGCUGCGCGACUCUCCACGGAGGCCGCGGGCGUCCAGGUCCCGCGCAGAGUUGCCGGGGCGGCUGCGCGCCUCGGAACCGGAGUGGUCGGGGCCAGGCCCGGAACACGGAGCAGGACCCUUGAACAUCUGUGAGGAAAUGACUAUUCUGCACGGAGGCUUCCUGUUGGCUGAGCAGCUGUUCCACCCCAGAGCUCUGACAGAACUGACCAAGUCUGACUGGGAGCACGUUGGGCGGCCCAUUGUGGAGGCCUUGCAGGAGAUCUCCUCCGCAGCAGCGCAUUCCCAGCCCUUUGCCUGGAAGAAGAAAGCUCUGAUCAUCAUCUGGGCCAAGGUUCUGCAGCCUCAGCCUGUGACCUCUUCUGACACGGACACUCGGUGGCAGGAAGAUGUGUUCUUCUCAGUGGGCAAUAUGAUCCCCACCCUCAAUCACACCGUCCUGUUUGAGCUGCUCAAGUCCCUAGAAGCUUCUGGACUCUUUAUCGAGCUCCUGAUGGCCCUGCCUGCCAUUGUCUGCUGUGCAGAACUCGAGCGCUUUUUGGAGCACGUGAGCAUUGACACGUCCUCUGAGGACGUGGCCUUCUUCCUGGAUGUCUGGUGGGAAAUGAUGAAGCACCGGGGUAAUCCACAGGAUCCCCUGCUCUCCCAGUUCAGCGCAAUGGUCCAUAAGUACUUGCCUGUCUUAGAAGAGUUCCCCCAUCCUCCCAAGAGGCUGAGGUCAGAGCCAGACGUGUGCCCCACCAUGCUUCUGUUGGCCAUGCUGCUUCGUGGGCUGAUGCAGAUCCAGGGUCGGAUCCUGGGCCCAGGGAGAAAGUGCUGUGCACUGGCCAACCUGGCCGACAUGCUGAGCGUGUUUGCACUGACCGAGGACGACCCCCAGGAGGUGUCUGCAACUGUGUAUCUGGACAAACUGGCCACAGUGAUCUCUGUGUGGAACUCAGACACCCAGAACCUGUACCACCACCAGGCACUGGCAGAGAAGGUCAAGGAGGCAGAACGGGAUGUCAGCCUGACCUCACUGGCCAAACUCCCCAGUGAGACGAUUUUUGCCGGCUUGGAAUUGAUGCACGCCCUGCUGGGGGAGUGGGGGGAGGAGCUGCAAGCCAUGCUCUGCAGCAGCCAGGGCACAAGCUAUGACAGCUACCGGCUGUGCGACAGUCUGACUUCCUUCAGCCAGAACCUGGCGCUCUACUUGAACCGCGCCAGCCUGCCCGAGGAGGAGAGGCAGGUGGCCUCUGAGCUGGCAGUGUGUGUCAGGGACUUCCUGAGGAAAACCAGCAGGGUGCUGAAGAACAGGGGCUCCCAGGACAUCACGGCUUCCAUUGCCAUGGCCAUCAUCCAGCAGAAGAUGAACCGUCACAUGGAAAUGUGCUACAUUUUUGCUUCUGAGAAGAAGUGGGCUUUCUCAGACGAGUGGGUAGCCUGCCUGGUGAGUAACAGGGCUCUCUUCAGGGAGCCAGAUUUGGUGUUGAGGCUGCUGGAAACAGUGCUAGGUGCCAGCACCACUGACAGAGCAGUCCCCGAGCCUCAGAUCCAGCAAGUGCUCCACUUGGUCCUGGAAUGUUACACAGACCUCUCCCUGCCAGACAAAAACAAAGUCCUUGCAGGCAUCCUGCAUUCCUGGGGGAAAAGGGGCCUAUCUGAAACGUUGCUGACCUAUGUGGAGAGUUUUCCGGAAGACCUCAAUACAACCUUAAACAAGCUCGCUCAGAGUGCCUCCGAGCAGGGCUUGGCAAAAGCUGUGGCCUCCGUGGCCCGCCUGAUGAUAGUGCACCCGGAAGCCACAGUGAAGAAAAUCUGCAGCCUGGCUGUGGUCAAUCUUGGCACCCACAAGUUCCUGGCCCAGAUUCUCACAGCCUUCCCCGCUCUUCGGUUCAUAGAAGAGCAGGGUCCAAAUUCAUCUACCACUUUCAUGGUGUCGUGCCUCAGAGAAACUGUCUGGGCAAAGUUCUCUACACCCAAGGAGGAAAAGCAAUUUUUGGAGCUCCUGAACUGCCUGAUGAAUCCUGUGAAGCCCCAGGGGAUUCCAGUGGCUGCUCUGCUUGAGCCAGAUGAGGUGCUGAAGGAAUUUGUCCUGUCAUUCUUGAUGUUAGAUAUUGAAGAGGUGGACCUCAGUCUGAAGAUCUUCCUCCAGACUCUAGAAGCAAAUGCAUGCCUGGAGGAAUACUGGCUCCAGGCCUGCUCCCCAUUCCCACUCCUCUUCAGCUUGUGCCAGCUCCUGGACAGCUUCAGCAAGUACUGGCAGCUCCCUAAGGAGAAGCGGCGUUUGUCUUUGGAGAGGAAGGAUCUGGCGGCCCAUAUCCUGGAGCUCCUGUGUGAGAUUUUAUUAGCCAAUGCCGAGACCUUCUCCCCAGACGCCUGGAUCAAGUCCGUGUCCUGGCUCCACCGCAAGUCAGAAGAGCUUGACUGGACUGUGGGCCUCAGACUGAAGACCUUUUUUGAAGGACACUUCAAGUGUGAGGUGCCAGCCACACUUUUUGAGAUCUGUAAGCUUUCUGAGGAUGAGUGGACCUCCCAGGCCCACCAAGGGUAUGGGCCAGGCACAGGGCUCCUGGCCUGGAUGGAGUGCUCCUGCAUCUCCAGCACCCUCUCAGAGAGGAUGCUGUCUCUGUUGGUGGUCAACGUGGGUAGUCCUGAGGAGGUCAGGUUGUUCAGCAAAGGAUUUCUGGUGGCCCUGGUGCAAGUCAUGCCUUGGUGCAGCCCUCAGGAGUGGCAACACCUUCAGCAGUUGACCAGGAGGCUGCUGGAGAAACAGCUGCUCCAUGUCCCAUAUAGCCUGGAGUAUAUUCAGUUUGUUCCUCUGCUCAACCUGAAGCCCUUCGCCCAGGAGCUCCAGCUCUCUGUACUCUUCCUGAGGGCUUUCCAGUUUCUCUGUAGCCAGAGUUGUCAAAAUUGGCUUCCUCUGGAAGGCUGGAACCAUGUGGUCAGACUCCUGUGUGGCAGUCUGACCAGCCUCCUGGACUCAGUCAGGUUGAUACAGUCAGUUGGCCCUUGGGCGCAGGGACAAGAGCAGGACCUGACCCAGGAAGCUCUGUUUGUCUACACCCAGGUGUUCUGUCAUGCUCUGCACAUCAUGGCCAUGCUCCGCCAGGAGGUCUGUGAGCCACUGUAUAUUUUAGCCUUGGAAACUCUCACUUGCUAUGAGACUCUGAGCAAGGCCAACCCUUCUGUCAGCUCCUUGCUCCAGAAGGUGAACGAGCAGCACUUCCUGAAGUCCAUUGCUGAGAACAUCAGCCCCGAAGGGCGGCGUCAGACCCUGCUGCAAAAGAUCAGCAGCUUCUGACGUUGGCCCAUAGCAGAAAAGCUGGGUCUAAAUAUGGCAGAUCCAUAGGGGUCAGACCUGCACAGCAUGGACUUUACAGCUGCGUUAAACUGUCCACAGGAAAUCAUGGCAAUAAUGGUAUAAAGAAAAUAAUUUCUUAGGUACAUUUAUAAUGUACAAACUAUAAUAAACAUUCUCUUUUGCAUCUC